GCCGCCGUUUCCAUAGCCUGACUUGUUUUGCAAGAAGCCAUUUACAAAAACACCAAACCUUGCUUCAUUUCAUUUACUUGUUUAUUUUUCUUUGCUUGACUGCUCUCAUUAUUCAGUUUUGUUAGAUUUAAAUAUAAUCGAUCCAAACAUGUUUCUCACAAGGACUGAGUAUGAUCGUGGGGUCAACACAUUUUCUCCGGAAGGAAGAUUGUUCCAAGUGGAAUAUGCAAUUGAGGCCAUCAAGCUGGGUUCAACUGCAAUUGGGCUAAAGACGAAAGACGGUGUCGUUUUGGCUGUGGAGAAGCGUAUUACUUCACCAUUGUUGGAACCCAGUAGUGUUGAGAAGAUUAUGGAAAUUGAUGAGCAUAUAGGAUGUGCCAUGAGUGGGUUGAUUGCUGAUGCACGGACCCUUGUUGAACAUGCACGAGUUGAAACUCAGAACCAUAGAUUCUCAUAUGGUGAGCCAAUGAUCGUGGAGUCUACAACUCAAGCUCUUUGUGAUCUGGCCCUUCGAUUCGGUGAAGGAGAUGAAGAAUCCAUGUCCCGGCCAUUUGGGGUAUCUCUUCUCAUUGCUGGUCAUGAUGAGAAUGGGCCUAGCUUAUACUAUACCGAUCCCUCUGGCACAUUUUGGCAAUGCAAUGCAAAAGCUAUAGGUUCGGGUUCCGAAGGUGCUGAUAGCUCUUUGCAAGAGCAAUACAACAAGGACUUAACUCUUCAAGAAGCUGAAGCAAUUGCUCUGUCGAUUUUAAAGCAAGUAAUGGAAGAAAAGGUGACUCCCAACAAUGUUGAUAUCGCUCGAGUAGCACCGACAUUCCAUCUAUACACCCCGUCAGAGGUCGAAGCUGUCAUUACUCGUCUAUGAGAACACAUUGUACCAUCUGCUGUAAAAUGCUCAAGUCGGGAUCAAGGCUCGUAUUUGAUUUUGGGGAUUCAAGCUGUGAAACCUUAUGUUUGGUUUGGCACUAAAAACUCAUCCAUCUCAUCAUUUAGAUUGUUUGAUAACAAAAAUAGAACCUUUAAUUGGAUUUAGUAUUUGCCUUUCUCAA